UACAUACGUACGUUGCUGCAUGCCUUUGCUUCAUUUGCGUUUGAUCGAUACUAGAAGUGAUUACAUCUUAAAAACCCAAUAGAUCGUUUGAUCAAUACUUGACAAGGUAUGAGGUCCAUCACUGUUUGAAAAUUUAAACUACAAGCAAAGAUAAUUUUAAAAAAUUCAGAAUGCGAGUUUUAUAUUGCACAGACGUUGAGAAAUCUGUGCUUAACACUAAUUUUGAGAAACGGGGGUGGCAACAAGUCGGUCCGGAUGACGACUGGAACUUUUACUGGGCAAAUGUUCCCACAUGUCGCGUUAUAUUUGGAGUUGAAAGCGGCUACAGGAUGCAUGAUAAUCAAAUCAUCAGUCAUUUUCCCAACCAUUAUGAAAUUACACGGAAGGAUCUACUUGUGAAGAAUAUUAAGCGAUACAGGAAGGACGUUGAAAAAGAGGGUGGGCCGUUGGGAGAAAAGAAUGAGUUUGGCAAAUAUGUGCAUCUCGAUUUCAUUCCUACGACCUUUGUCCUCCCAGCAGAUUACAAUAUGUUCGUAGAAGAAUACAGAAAGAAUCCACUGAGCACUUGGAUAAUGAAACCUUGCGGAAAGUCUCAAGGCGCAGGAAUUUUUCUGAUAAAUAAGCUUUCCAAACUCAAGAAAUGGUCAAGAGAAAGUCGUGGUCAGAAUUUUAAUCCAUCUAUGGUUAAAGAUGCCUACGUAAUCUCAAAGUAUAUCGAAAAUCCAUUACUUAUCGGUGGAAGGAAGUUUGAUAUGCGUCUCUAUGUCCUUGUCACAUCAUUUCGACCUUUAAAAGUUUACCUGUACAAGUUAGGAUUUUGUCGCUUUUGCACAGCAAAGUACGAUACUUCGAUUCAAGAGUUAGAAAAUAUGUACGUCCAUUUGACCAACGUGUCAGUGCAGAAGCAUGGCGACGAAUACAACAACAUUCAUGGAGGUAAAUGGAGUCUCCGAAACCUGGAAUUGUAUUUGGAGAGCACGCAAGGCAAAGAUGUCACGACGAAACUAUUUGACGGCAUGAAAUGGUUGGUGAUGCAUUCUUUGAAAGCAGUUGCACCUCUGAUGGUCAGUGAUCGUCAUUGUUUCGAAUGUUACGGCUAUGACAUCAUUAUUGACAAUAAUUUGAAACCCUGGUUGAUUGAGGUAAAUGCGUCACCGUCCUUAACGUCAACCACGGUUAAUGACCGAAUUCUGAAAUACAAAUUGAUCAACGACAUUAUCUCCGUCGUCCUUCCGCCCAGUGGGAUUCCAGAAGCAAAAUGGAACAAGAUCCCUUCCAGGGAGGCGUACGGAAAUUUUGAACUUCUGCUAGAUGAAGAACUAGCUGGAGUGGAUAUUAGUAACAAACACAAGAUUGACAAGCAUCAUGCCCAGAAUAAUUUACCGAAGUGGAAAUAAUGAUUUACAUAAGUAUGUACACAUAUAUGUACAUUAAACAUACCUAUAUAUAAGCUUAUUUAUAGAAUAACUUAUAAUUAUUAGAUACUCUAAGCCUAUAAGUAUACAAAAAAUUGGUGUUAUCUGUAUCGUGGUAAAACCUGAUUCGCAUAUAUACAUAGAUACAUACAUAUAAAUAAAUAUAUACAUAUGUGUACCAAAGUACAUUUACAACGAUUCUGAUCAAAAUCUCAUCUUCCCUCAAGAUGCGUGUUGUAAGAUAUACCGCAUAUUAGACUCCUUAUGCAUUCCACCACCCCCACAAGGUCAUGGUUGGCUG